UUUGCCGGAAUUUGGGAGUGGCUGGUUUGUAAUGGCCUCAUCUCCAGGUUUGCCUUUGUCACCGUCUCAACUUUCUAUAGUAAGCCUAAAUGACGUUUUGGUACUUUUAAGGAAGUGUCAGUUCCCUGACAAGAGGUGGUUUGAAUUGGGACUGGCUUUAGGCCUGUCAAAAAGGACACUGGACACCAUCAAAGCUAAUAAUCCACUGGAUGUCAAUCAAUGCUUAAUAGAAUGUCUCUCUAAGUGGCUAGAAAGAGCUGAUGAUGUAGUCAAUAAAGGAGGAGCUACCUGUGACUCAUUGUCAACUGCCAUUAGAGCUAUGAAUGAGAUUGCAAUAGCUGAGAAUUUAGAGAAAGAGAGAUGUCCUGAAGUUCUUGCUGUUAACAUUUUAAAUAAGCACUUCACUACACUUUCCAAGUCUCUUUCUGAUCCUGUCCAUGUAGCUAGAUUGCUUUAUGGAGAGCAAGUGAUAUCACAGCAGAAGUUAAAUGACGUGGAAGAUGACAAUUUGUCUCUUUCUGAUAAACGACAAAUCCUGCUAUCUGCUGUUAAAGAUGCUGUUCAAGCUAACCAUGUUUCUCUACAAAAGUUCUUUGUUGUUUUAUGUCAUUUAACACGUAAUGUCAAGCUAGGCGAAAGUAUCCUGAGAGACUAUAGGAUAUACUUUUCCAGCGAUGAAGAAUUUGUAUUCAUCAGAGUUGAUGAUGAUGAUGAUUUGAGUACUGAAGGAAGUGAUACAGUUUCACCGACAUGUACAUUACCUAAGACUAUUGAGGUUGCUAUUUGCAGAAGCAUGAGGAAUGAAUUCACCACUCUUAGAAAGUCGUAUGCUAAAAUGUCUUAUAGUGUUUGCAAGGCUAUCAGAGAUGCAAAAAUUGAAUUGGAAGAGUUAAAGGUCUUUCUUGGUAGUGUGAGCAAUAAACUUAAAGAAAAUUUUAAGGAAUGCAAGGAUGUUUCAAGUGCCUUGCGUGUCGUUGAUAAUGAAUGUUCACUGGUUGAUAUUGAACUUUUCUGUGCAGUAGUAGAAAAUUUUGAAAUUAAAGCAGCUGAUAAACAUAUCAAAAAGUACAGUGAAACAUCAACGGAAUAUUUUAAAUCCAAUCCCAUUUCGUGCUACGUAAAAGAAAAGCUUAAAGCUUCUGAAACCUACCCUCUUCUUCAAUGUGAGAAAGUAACUUUCGUCUUGGACUGGAGACCUGAAGAUACAAAGCUGGAUGACAUCAAAGAUAUACUUUCUAAAAUAUCUGGUAAACUAGUGAAGAUAGAAAUAAUUGACAAUUGUGAAUCUGUUAGCGUCACUUGCUCCUUUCCGUACCAUCUCACUGGAGUCCUCAUUACACAGUUGAAGGAAAAUUUGGAGUUUUUAAAAACGAAUAAUUUAAAAAAACUUACCAUUGGAUACUGGAUAAUGUGGGAGAGAGAGGAAGAAAAGGAAGAUAAAGAGAUUGAAAUAUUAGAACAUGGAGGAAGUUCAGACAGUAAGAAAGAAAUGGAAGCAAUGCAAAAGAAGAUGCGAUUAUUAAGUAAUCAGCUUCUUGAUAAAGAAACUGAAACGGAAAGAUUGGAAAAGAUCAUUAUCUUAUUAAAGUCCAAAAUUCAAGAACGAGAUCAGCAGCUUGAAGCACUACAGCAACAAGUAAACGAAAGAGAGAAGCAGACCAGAGAACGAGAACAUGAACUUGAAAAACUGCUUCGAGAAAAGAAAAUUGAGUUAGAGCAGCAAAAUCAAGAAAAAGAGGAGCAAACUCAACAGAUUAAGCAGGCCAGAGGACGAGAACACGUACUUGAACAACUGCUUCGACAAAAGGAGACGGAGUUAGAGCAACAAGAUGAAGAAAAAGAGAAGCAAACUCAGCAGAUUAAGCAGGCCAGAGAACGAGAACAUGAACUUGAACAAAUGCUCCGAGAAAAGAAGACGGAGUUAGACCAACAGGAUCAAGAAAAAGAGAAGCAAAUUCAACAGAUCAUUAAGCAGGCCAGAGAACGAGAACAUGAGCUUGAACAAAUGCUCCGAGGAAAGAAUGUUGAGUUAGAUCGACUAGGACAAGAAAAAGAGAGGCAACUGCAGCAGUGCAUUGAAAAAGAGAUGCAGGCUAGGGAGGAUCUUCAACAAAAGCUUAAAAAAACAAAACAACAGCUUGAGGAAAGACAGAAAGAAUUCCAGGAAAAAGAUGAUUCCUGGGUAGUGAAUAGAGGAGAUAUUAUAAUGACAGAAGUAGUACUUGGUACAGGAUCGUGGGCAGAGGUCAGAUUAGCUUUAUUUUAUGGUCUGCAGGUUGCUGCAAAGUUUCUUCAUGAGUUAAUAAUUGCUCCUUAUACUAUUGGGGUAUUUUCUCGUCAAAUGAAUAUUGCUUCUAAAAUACGUCAUCCUAACCUCCUCCAGUUCAUAGGAGCCACUACAGAGGGUAAUCCAAUCAUCCUGACAGAGCUAAUGCCGACCAGCCUAAGAAAGGAAAUAGAGACUGGAGGACUGGCCUAUCACACUAAACAAAGUAUCAUUUUAGAUGUAGCUUGUGCCCUCAAUUACCUUCAUCUCUUUGAACCUCAUCCUAUACUACAUAGAGGCAUCAGCAGUGCCAAUGUACUCCUUCAGCCAAUGGGAGGAGGAGUAUGGAGGGCUAAGGUAUCCAUUGGGGUGACAGUUAGUUUUCAGCAUCUUAGGAGUUCAACUGAUCCUACUGGUAAUCCUGUCUACUUGGCACCUGAAGCACUCAAACAAGAGGAACAUUCUCCUGCAAUGGAUGUCUUCAGUUAUGGUGUCCUCCUUAUAGAGAUGGUUGUUAGUGAGUUUCCGGUAAAAGAAAAGAGAGGAUCUCACAUUGACACAAUCAAGAGCCCAGCAUUGAAGAGUCUCAUUGAACGCUGUCUGAUGGAAGACUACAGACAGCGUCCAACAAUGAAGGACAUUAUAAAAGAAAUACAUGAAAGCAUAAGUUUAGUAGAGUAAACAAUUAUUUAUAUUUUUUAUUUUGUUACGUAUAUAUAUACAUGUAUACUUUUAUGAUCAUGUCAUUAAUUUAUUUUGUCAAUAUUAAGGCUAACCCAACUAAAAAAUAUUAUGCCAACCA